AUGUCGAACGCCUCGUACGACGCCGACUGGCGCCUGUGCAUGAGGGACCUCGCGUACAUGCUCGAGUGGGAGCAACCCCCGCCCGAACCCGUCGUGGACGCCGACGGCGUACCCACGCCCGACCAGCCCCCGCCCCCAGGCCCAGAGUACGACGAGGAGACCGGCGAGGAACUACCCCCGACGCUUCCCGAGCGCGAACCGACGGAGUGGGUGCGGGGGUACGUGCGGUACGUCCAGAUCUUCCGAAGGCUGGAGCGCGCGUACGACCAGAUGAGCCACCCGCAGAAGCGCGUCGAGGUCAAGAAGGCUCUGGAGGCGACCAUCGGCCGAUGCCUCGAGCUCAGGCACUGGGUCAUGAAGAAGUUCGCGCGAGAGUUGGACCACGUGUCGUUGGACGAGGUGCUGCAGGACAUGAACCUGCCGUACAACGCGAUGGAGAUACCGGUACCCAGGUACUUCGUGGACGACAGGCGGCACGAGCUCGGCGCCCGCGCCAAGUUCCUCGAGGCUCUGAUCCACAAGUUUGAGACGACAAAGCCAGAGCUCGGCAAACCCAACGUCUUCGUGGGGAGGGUCAACUGGACCAAACCGGUGCCCGAGUACCUCACCCGCGAUGUGUUCGCUCCGCCCCCGCUGUCCGCGGAGGAGGCCGAGGCGAAGCGCAUAGAAGACGAGCGCAUCGCCGAGGAGUACAGGAGCGAUUUGGAGGAGAGGGUCAACAUCUUGGCGGCGACAAAGACCAAGGACCAGAUCGCGACCAUCAUACAAAAGUACACCAGGGGGUGGCUGGCGCGGCGCGAGUACGACCGGUUGAUGGACGAGGAGCUCGUGUUUUUGGGCAUGAAACCCGCGCCGCGGCCGGAGGACCCGCGCGAUGACCCAAUUCUCAGAGACCUGGCCAACAACGUCGAGCGCAAAAAGAUGCAAUACGCCAACCAGGCUGAGUACCUCGCCGCGUACGAAAACUUGAAGGACCGGGUGAAGGAGAGGCACGGUCAGGAGAUGCGGGAGGAGGUCCAGGAUAAGAUCAACUCGUGGUUCCUGGAGAACAGGGACCCGGAGACUGGCGAGUUUCCGGAUUUCCCCGACAUCGAAUCCGGCGGAAGCAGGGACAUUCUCAACCCGCCGCCAAAGGAGGAUGACGACGCCGACCUCGACCCCAAGGCUGCGAAGGCCAAGGCCGACGCCGAGAAGAAGAAAAAGGCGGAGGAGGAGAAGAAAAAGAAGGAGGCGGCCAAGAAGAAGGGCAAGGGCGGGGACGACAAACCAAAGCCCAAGUGCCCGGCCAAGUUUAUCAACCCCCUCCGCGACGCCAUCGACUCGUUCAACCGCACCUGGUCCAAGGUUCACGACACGGGGCUGGAGGGCGGCAACUUCGACCAACGGUUCAUAUCAUCCGAGGUUGAGGAGGAGCUCAAGCCGGUGGUGUUCGAGGAGGUGCGGAAGGAGGUUGACGAGGAGAUGAGGCUGCUGUUGGAGAACCUUCGCGAGAUGGUGGCGGCUGAACGCGCCGCCAAGGCUGGUCCCGCCAAGAAGGGCAAGGGAAAGAAGGGAGGCAAGGGUGGAAAGGGCGAGAAGAAGAAGGGCGGCGACGGUAAGAAGAAGGAGAAGGGCGGCGGCGGCGGCGGUGGCAAGGCGGGUGGCAAGGCGGGUGGCAAGAAAGGAAAGGAUCUCACCGCGGAUCGAACAAUCGAGAGCCUCUACGCCGAGCUGGUGGAGCUGGGCAUUGUGCAGCCGGUGCCUCCCGAGCACACGCUGGAUGCGUACGCGGGGGAUAUCAACAUCCUGGGCGCCACUCUCGAGCGGAACAAGUACUUCCCGGAUCCGUCCAUGGCGCAGGUACGUCAGAUGGUGACCGAGCUCGCCAUUUUACCCCUCGGUGCGAGCGGCGAGACGGUGCACUCCGCCAUACCGGGCCACUGCAAGACCCUGCUCCUGUACGGCUGCAAGGACACGGGCAAAACGGCGUUGGCGCACGCCAUCGCCAACCACACCGGCGCCAUAUUCUUCAACCUCUCACCCCGAAACACCGACGGCAAAUACCCCGGCAAGAAGGAGACCACGUUGAUGAUCCACAUGGUGUUCAAGGUUGCGCGGACGAUGCAACCCGCGGUGAUAUACAUCGACGAGCUCGAGAAGGUUUUCCUCUCCGACAAGAAGAAGCUCAGGGAGUACAAGAGCAAGGAGCUGUUCAACCGGAUCAAGAAGGAUCUGCUGAAGGAGGUCAAGGGCAUGAAGAAGGGUGAGCGGGUGAUGAUCGUCGGGUGCUCCUCGGAGCCGUACCUGUGCGUCAAGAAGGACCAGAGGGGUUUCAUGAAGGAGGUGAGCCGAUUCGUGUACUGCCCUGUGCCCGACGAUUUGUCGAGAAGGCGCGUCUGGGAGAAGUGCGUGGAACGGAGGGUCGCCGAGACCGUCGCCGCCGGGCUCGUGUGGCCCGAGCCCGAGGACGCGGACCGGGAGGCUGACGGCGCCGAGGCUGACGGGAGCGCCGAGGAGCCCGACGCCAAGGCUGACGGGAGCGCCGAGGCGGCGGCUGACGGCGCCGAGGAGCCCGAGGUGGCGGCUGACGACGCCCCCGCCGCUCCCGAGGACGCACCGGACGCGCCACCCGCCGAGGAAGGCGAGGAGGGCGAGCCCGCGGCUGACACCGAGGGUGAGGCCGAGGACGCGCCAGCCGCGGACGCGCCAGGAUCCGGUGAGUCACCGCCCGGUGAGUCACCACCCGCCGAGGAUCCGGAGAUUGCCGAGCCGGAGAUUGUCCGGCCGUAUUCGCUCCCCCGCGACUUCGACAUGUACAUGCUCUGCGCCUGCACCGUCGGGUACCCGUCGGGCGCGAUCGACAUGGCCUGCAGGGCUGCGCUCAACCCCGCACGCGUCGCGAGGCUGGUCAAGGCUGGCGAGGAGCUCACCGUGGAUGAGCUGCUGGACAAGAUUCAGUUACUCGACAAGGUAUCCGAGCUGGAUGAGGCAAAGAUGAAGGACUGGACGUCCAAGCUGCCCGCGCGCGUGAAGCUGGAGAAGGCGCUCAAGAAGGAGGCCAACGGCGGCGAGGAGGAGGCCCCAGCGAAGAAGAAGAAGUGA